AAAGCAGCGUUACUUUGAAGGUAGUCUGGCCUGAAAAACUGUAAACAAAUUAGAUAUAGUCAUAAGUCUAUCUUUCGAUUUAUUGAAUUAAAGUGUUAUUGUUUUGCGUGAUGCAGUGAAAAUCGGGUUAUUUAUUGGAAAAUGCAUUUGGAUUGUCGUCCACACAAUUGUUAAUAUCUGGUCCUCUUUUUUCUUUGUUGUGAACGGACGUACUUUCGAACUUUUUUGGUCAUUCGGGUAAAAUUUUGGAGAAAUUACCACUUUGUGGUAUGCCCACGUUAAGUCGGAAAAAACUACACCACCAGCUGGAAAAUGUUAAGACAUUUCAAAACCCAAAACUUGAGUUUGAACAGUACUGUACCUCAGCACAAGUUGCAGCGGACAUCUUGUUUAAUAUUCAAAUGACAGAUAAUGCAUUGGAAGGGAUGUCUGUAGCCGAUCUUGGAUGCGGUACUGGAAUGUUGUCUAUCGGUGCUAAACUCCUUGGAGCUAGUUGUGUACUUGGGUUCGAAAUUGAUGGGGAUGCUGUAAAUGAGUUUCAAUCAAACCUAGGAACAUGUGAAAUGCUAGAUGAAAAUAUUGAUGUUACUUUGUGUGACGUGGUACGGCUCUUUGAUGGGAACAACAAGAAAUUUGUGGAUACAGUUAUUCUAAAUCCUCCUUUUGGCACUAACCCAAAAAAUAAUGGUAUUGACAUGGCAUUCCUACGUGCUGCACUGUCCAUUGCCCAUUUACAUGUAUAUUCGCUCCAUAAAACUACCACACGAAACCAUGUUCUACAUACAAUACAGAGUACUGGUGCACAGGGCAAAGUGGUUGCAGAACUUCGCUAUGACCUGCCUCGUUUAUACAAGCGUCAUCGUUAUAAUACAGUAGAUAUAGCUGUUGACUUGGUUCAUUCGUGGUUUUAG